CGCAUGCUCCCAUGCAGUGUACCUAACACGUCCUUCUGACACGACCACCGUAUAUAAGCCGGUCGCAUUCUCCAUACCUACGGACAAGGUAUCUACACCCCGUACGGCCCGCAACAUCCACCAUAAUCGCACGCCAUAAUGCCUACGAACUACACCCCCGGUUACAUGCACAUCCUCAUCUACUCGGUGAAUAACCAUUCUGGCUACGUCGCACUCGCACUCGCAAACACCUACGCGACCGCCACGUACUACUAUGCGUACGAUUCGCCCGACGAGCCAGGGAGAAUCAUGAUGCUUCCUCUGAGCUUGCUGCAGAACGGAUAUCAAAUAUUCGCCAUGUCUCGAUGCUCGACGCGGCCAACGGACCUACGAGAAAUGCAAGUUGCGUGCGACGUCGUUAAUAACCUUCCGGGUGAUAGAAGCACCUGGGGGCCGUGGGACUGGUGUGUUGCCCUUCUUAGGGCUAUGCCAAGGGAGAUGGUGGACAUCGGCGCACUCGCUGCGUUUGCACUUAACACUGGGCUUGAGCUGCAGGGGUAGCGAGCAGUUGGGGGGUGGGGACUAAUGAACGCAAGCCGGAGGGCUUGCCUUGCACAUGGUACAUUGAACAUACAUGGUACUGUACUUUGUACUACACUGUCUACAUCGAACAUGCACACAACUGAUCACCGCCGAUCUGCUGAUUCCCCAUUCAGAUCGUUCGAGAGAAACCCUGGACCGCCCCCGAUGGAUGUGGGUCAUUGGCGAUAUGUACCGGAGCAUCACUGCCUUUUGCGGCUAUCGGAGCGCCUU